GGGGGGGGGGGGGGGGAUCUUGCAUUGAUUUCAAAAGCGGCGCACGGACAUCCUUGGACCCAUCGCACGACGACAGGCGACGCAGGGCCCGGCGAGGUGGACGUGCAAUACUGAACUUGUGAUUCAUUGCCCGGGAAAAAGAAGCUCGUGUUGGUGACUGUUGUGAAUGAACGAAUCUCUGAGGUUUCAAAGAGCUGGCCAAAAUUCACCAAGGGGGCUCUGGAAUGCACUUUAGAGGAAGCUGUGCUUCAAAUGGCUGGAUUUAUUCAUCCCUUCCUGGUUGGGAUGACCCCAAACCUGGCUGCUACGUACUGACGCAUGUCUUUUCAGGGAGUGGGCUUGUCAUGGUGCCAAAGACCACCUACCACAACUAUACUUAGACAGAUUUGGAAUCCUUUCUCCAUGGGUGGGACAUCUCACCACUUUCUCCGGCACCACAGUUGCUGCCUGCUUAAUUAAGGGAAAGCACAGAAAUCUGUGGGAAUUGUUGUCCCCAGAAGGAAGCAACCAGAGACCCGUGUGGGAUUCUGGACGGCACGUGCCCUUUGGGUUGCUGGGGCAGUGUCAGGGAAAAGGGGUCCAUGCCCGGAGGCGAUGCAGUCAGACGACCUUUUUGUCCGCAAGAUCCGACGCCACUCAAACCGCCCGCAUCUCACUUCCCUCUCUUUUGACGCUUUCCGGGCCCCCAAGACUUCGGUGGGUGAGGGCCCCCGUGCAGGGUACUGUGGCCCUCCCCUGAGGUCCCCACGCCGCAGCUAUCUGAUGCAUCGAAGCAAUAGUGACGUGACUUUGAGUGAGGGGGAGCAGGUGGCCAACCCAUCCUCCGGCCCUCCCUUGCCAUCGGACCCGACUGGGAUUCCUCAUAACAGCAGUGGCCCAAACUCAUUCACAAAGACUGCAGUGCCCCCUCGGGCCCGGGCACACAGCCACGAAGAGCCACGGGCUGGCAGUCCCACUGCACGGCGCUUCCGUGACCCCCUGCUCCUUUUAGGACUGGCAACCAACGAAGUGUGGGAGACAGAGGGGGAUGGACUCCCUUCUGGUUCUGAGGAUGGGGGCAGCUUGCAUCCUGUGCCCUCUGAGGUGCCCACACCAGUGUGGGGGCGCCACUUGGCCCAUUACGACGUGCAGAGCAUCUUAUUUGAGCCUGGCGAGGUGGCCAGAGAAGUUGAGAAGCAGGGUAACGUCACCACAGGAGCGUCGGCUGCCUCACAGCCUCGCCUGGCAGGCGCUGUGCCCCCCCUGGAUGGUGAGGUGGGUGAGGACAAGGAUGGACCGCUGGUGCUUAGCUGCCCCUACUUCCGCGUGGAAGCUGGCGGUGAGACUGAGUGGGGAAUCGGCCAGCACCGGGGAUCCCUGGCUGGCUUCCAUUGCCCCAAUAUGGCUGUUUCUGGGCUGGAGGAACCCCGCGAAAGCUAUGGACAGAGAACCAGCCGGGCAGGCCACGCUAUCGAAUACGCAGAUCUAGGAGCCUGCUACUAUCGGAAGCAUUUCUUCGGCAAGGAGCACCAGAAUUUCUUUGGGAUAGAUGACCAGCUGGGAGCUGUGGCGGUAUCCUUGCGGCGUGAGGAGAAAGAGGGCUGCACGGGCCCUCAAUACAAUUACCGCCUUAUCAUCCGCACAAGCCAGCUCCGGACCUUGCGAGGAUCUAUUCUCGAGGAAGUGCUGCCCCUUUCUAUCCGCCACAGCUCCCCGCGAGGAGUUGCCCCCAAGAAGCUGCUGGAGCACUUGAUCCCGGAACUGAACUUGCAGUGUCUCCGCUUGGCCUCCAGUUCCCCCAAAGUGCCAGAGACCUUAAUCAAGUUGGAUGAACAAGGGCUCAGUUUCCACCGGAAAGUGGGGGUCCUGUACUGCCUGGCAGACCAGGGCUCAGAAGAGGAGAUGUACAACAACGAGGAGGCGGGGCCAGCUUUCCAGGAGUUUCUGCAGCUGCUUGGAGACCGUGUGCGCUUGCGCGGCUUUGACAAAUAUCGCGCUCAGCUAGACACCAAGACUGAUUCCACAGGGACACAUUCCCUUUACACCGUGUACCAGGACUACGAGAUUAUGUUCCAUGUCUCUACCAUGCUUCCUUAUACCCCCAACAACCGCCAGCAGCUGUUGCGAAAACGCCACAUUGGGAAUGACAUUGUGACAAUCGUCUUCCAGGAGCCAGGGGCUCUCCCCUUCACCCCCCGCGUGAUCCGCUCUCACUUCCAGCAUGUAUUCAUUGUGGUGCGGGUGCAUGAGCCUUCCACAGAGCACACUACCUACAGCGUGGCUGUCAGCUGCACCAAGGACAUCCCGCCGUUCGGUCCCUUCAUCCCGGCCGAGAAUUGCUUCUUGAAGGGCCCAGCUUUCCGGGACUUCCUGCUUGCCAAGGCUAUCAAUGCAGAAAAUGCUGCUGAACGCUCAGGGAAGUUUCACGCGAUGGCGACCCGUACCCGCCAGGAGUACCUGCGUGACCUGGCCCUGAACCACGCCACCACCAGCACCUUGGAGGCCUCUUCGUCCCGUCUCGCACUCAUCGCUUUGGCUUCUAAGAAGCGGGAGAAGGCCAAGAAUACAAAGGGGGCAGAAGCACACAGCGCAGGGUCUUUGGUGUGGGGCGUCUGGGCGAGGGAUGGCAGUCGGGGACCUGAUUGCAAAACCCCUGAGCUGCGGUGCCUGCUGGGCAUCUCAGCUGAGUUUCUAGUCCUCAUUGAUGCCCGUGAAAAAAGGGUGGUCUUUAACUGCUCCUGCCGGGACAUCCUGGCUUGGACCUUCUCUGAAAGCUGCACUUUGGACCUUUAUUAUGAGACGGGGGACUACAUUUGCAUGCGUGUGGACGAGGGACAAGCGGCAGACAUCAAGGACAUUGUGCACCGGCUGCAGUUAGUGACCCGAGGAUGUGAGACGCGGGAGCUAACCCUGCUGCGGAACGGAGUCGGGCAGCUGGGAUUCCAGAUGGACCCGGAGGGUUUUGUGACUGAAGUGGAGCGCUUCACCUUUGCCGAGAAGGCCGGCCUUCAGCCCGGAGCCCGCCUAGUCCGCGUCUGCGAGAGAGCCCUGCCCAGCCUCAGCCACGGCCAAACUGCAGAGCUUCUGCGCACUGCCAAGAAGGUCACCAUCACUGUUGUUCCCCCGGAUGAGAAUGGGAAGCCCAGGAGGAGUUUCUCGGAGCUGUACCAGAAAUCCUUGCAAGAGAAGAGGAGGAGUGAGCCACCUGCCGGGGAGGCAGAGCUGUCCAGGCCGGGGAGCGAAGCCGGGUUCAAGCCAGCCACACUUCAACUCCUCCAUUCGCUGUCCCUGCAGGACGGGGCCCCUCACAACCUGGCCGAGGAGAGGACAGAGUUUCUUCGGAGUCACAGUGGUGGAGCACCCUUGCCUUCAAACCCGGUACCACCUCAAGACACCCCUGUCCUCCCCAGUCCCCCUCCAGAUCUCAUUUUGGCCGCCACACCUAAAGUCCCUCUGGACCAGGGGACCGUAAGUGACGGGGACCAUCCUGGAGAUCCUGCUGUGAACAAGAAAGUUUCCAUUGUGGGUCAAGAGGUCAAAGGUUCCCGGUCUCUGUCCCCUGGGGACAGAGCAUCUUCCCCUUCUGAGCCCAGUGAAACUGAGAAGUUCCUGCCACGGACACUGUCUCUCAGGAACUCCAUCACCAAAAUCCUUUCUGAAGCUGGUGAUUCCCUGGAGGAUGAGUGGGAGUCCAUUGCUAAUUUGGCAUCUGCUUGCAACAGCAUCUUGGAAGCCCUCUCCAGGGAAGGACAACACGUACUGGAGAGCAGGGAAUCUUUGUGCACGGCCGUCCAGAGGGGCACCGCUCAGCAGCAACCCACUGAGGAUACGCAGCAGGCUAUCAGCCUCGCUGACAAGGUCCUGCAUUUGGAAUCCACGCUCAAGAAACUGCAGGAAGAUCUUCAGAGGGAGAAGGCCGAAAAGGCGGCAUUGCAGGCAGAAGUGCAGAGCCUACAAGAGAACACGCAGCGCCUGAAACAGGCGUCGGAGACUGCGGCGGCUCAGCUCAGCCAAGUUACGCAGAUGCUGGGGGGGCCUCCGACACCCCCACACUGUCCCUGAGGCAUCAAGACCACCCUCACACCUUUUGUCCCUAGAAGGGGGGCAUGUACCUGCCACUCUCUCUCCCUGUAUGUACUUGAGGCACAACAGAGACGGCCGGUUUGUGUGAUAACUGGCUCCCAAAUCUCCCUCCUCCCCAAUCUUCAAGACCCUCGUUGCAUUGGCUCGCGAUCUGUGUCCAGGAGAUGGGCUGCCAAGCUGUACUCACCACUGAUUUGGAGGCACUGCACAUUUUAGGAAGCGGGCCCCCCCAGAAAAACUGGCUCCGCCCAGUAAGACUGCCCCCACUGCCAGCACUGCAUAGUGAUUAAGAGCAGUGGGCUGUAAUCUGGAGAACAGGGCUUGACUCCCCACUCCUCCACGUGACUGGCAGACUCUAAUCUGGUGAACCAGGUUUGUUUCCGCACUCCUCCACAUGAAGCCUGCUGGGUGACCUUGGGCCAGUCACAGUUCUCAGAGAACUCUCUCAGCCUCACACGGGGUCUGCUGUGGAGAGAGGGAGGGGAGGCGAUUGGUAGCCACAUGGAGAUUCCUUACGGUAGAGAAAAGGGGGAUAUAAAAACCGACCCUUCUACUUAAGGAGCAGCCACUCGCCUCCCCGUUGAUUUGAGCACCAGCCGGUCAUCUUAAUAUUAAGCUGUGCGUCCUGCUGACCAGUGACGGGUUCUGUCUUCAGACCCAGGACCGCUCACUGACCAUAACCACUAACCCCUAUGGAAAAGCCACACCUGUGGGUCCAUUGGAGGAUAAUUCAUCAGGCAAUAACUGCAGACCACCCCUGGGGGGUAGGGGAGAGCGUACCAGACAUGUGUUGAUUUACCUUCUGUCCAGAGGGUUGAACAAGCCUUGAGAUUCUCUUGCUGCUUCCUCUCCCGCCUCCAUCCUACUCCCAAAUCCCAGCACUGAUUCAGGCUGCUUAGGGUCCCACCUCUAGGAUGAUUUGGGGAUGGGGCACCAGCCAGCACUUAACUAACUGUGAAAUUACUGAAAGCUGUAACACAUCCCCCUCCUCGGCCCUUAUUUCUGCCUCUUCUCAGCUCCCUGCAUACCCACAGACUCUUCCUGGGAUCGGGGCAGACAACCCAACCGGCAGUUUGUCUCCCCCCAGUGGUGCUAUCCAUUACUAAUUUUCCAUGUCUGCUCCCCACCCUCCAUCCUCUGAGCCGGGCCUUGCCCCGCGUGUGGAUGCAGGAAGGCUUUGGGGAGCAACCCCCUCUUCACCCUCGUUCAGUCACGGUCUUUGUGUGUUGUGUAAAUUCUUGCCUUCCAGAGAGGAUGUCUGUCUUGUCUGUCUCUCUGUUUGUCGUUCUUCUAGAGAGACCAGGACGAAGGGUGGGGUGGGGAAUGAGAAUCAGUUGUCCGUCCAUCUCCCUCUCCCCAGCCUCCCGUCUGUAUUAGAACUGAAUGUACAGAUUGCGGCACCCCUACUUGUGCAAUAAAGACAUGGUCUGCAUCUA